UUUUCUGAUUCAGUGAAUUUGUUGUUGAUUUUGUGUAGCAACGAAAUAUUUAAUAUUUGUGUACGUAAAUAAAUGAACAAAACAACUAAAAAGUGCAUACAAAUAAAUGGAGUGAAACCCCUUCACACUGAACCCAUACAAUAAUAACGCUGUUCAACUACGUGCCAUAAAAUUGAUCACAUUUAAGCUGGGCUUCAGCUUUGACUUAGCUUGACACACCCAAAAUAACAAAUUAAGCAGACACGCCCCUAAGCGAGUGCCUGUAGCAAAUCCUGCAAUAUUCCGCAUCGUGUGACGUCAUUGCAAAGGCUUCAACAUGAAUUACGGCCGGAAAACGCCCUCAACUUAUCGGUCAAACCCAUCGGUUUAUUCCCAUGCGACGGGCAGAUCAUCGACAAAUCUACAUUCGAAAAUGUCACGCUCAACACGCUCCGUGCGCAUUCCCUGGUACCAGCGGCCCCUGCUGAAGAACAAUCAGUACAUCGAUAUACAAAAAGGAGCCAUGUUAAUUGGACUCUUCGCUGUCUUUCUUUCACUUUUCACCAUUGGCACCACCAUAUUUGAUAUAUACUGCUAUGCGAUGGCUGCCCCAGGCUCCACACAUUAUGGCUACUAUAUCAUAUCGUACGAGUUUGUUUAUGUUGGCAACAAGCACGUGCGCAACAUGUUGAUCGUGUUUGCCUUAUUCUCACUAAUUAUGGCAAUUAUCAACUUUGUAACUAGCGUUUUGCUGUGCGUAGCUCUGCGCAAGGAAUACGAAAGGAAAGUUAUGCCCUGGCUGUGGACCUUUGCCAUUUUCACCGUUUGGCGUGCCUUAGCCCUCAUCUUCUUUGCCAUUGUUAAUGAUUUGUACUUUGCUUACAAUAUUAUAAUGGUACUGUUGUGGAGCAUCUUUUGUUUGUUCUCCAUCUAUGGUUGGGCCGUCGUAUAUUCGCUAUUCCUCGAGCUGGUGGAUCUCACAAAGCUUGAGGAUCUAGCGCAUUUGCGCAUGGGUACCAUGGCCUCACUACACGCAUCCACUGCCAACUCAUUGGCCGGCUCGCGACCCACAACACCCCACAGCACUGUGUCCACAAUGCCAGUAGGCUAAAAAAUCUGGUUGCGGUCACAAUACGACCAAAUAUAUAUACAUAUCUAUAUAUAUAUGCAUAUAUACUCCGUCCGUUGGAAGUUUACACAAGGCAAACCGAAAGCUCCUUAUAUGUACACAACAAAUUUCCACUAGCUUAGUGCCUUAAAUAAUGUCUAGAACAUAUCAAAAACAAAGCUGCAAUUUUUAUACAUGAAUCUGCAUUGUAUUUAAGUCUCAUUCCGUCCACUUAAACUGAUUUUACUUUAUUAAGUAUGUUCAUUCACACAAAUGUUGUAUUGAUGAAAUCUCUGUAUGUUUGUUGACAAAUCAUAUUUUUUAUGUGCAACCACCGUCAUUUGUAAUAUUAAAUGCAAAUUAAUAUAUUGCAAUCAUAAAAC